AUGGCAGAGGCUUGCAGCCGUUUGUUGAGCAUUGCUACAGGUGAGAGGCUGCCAGCGCAGCCACUGAGGCAGCGGCAGACAUCGCCUGUGCUAUUUGAUGGCGUGCUUGCAGACAGGCACACGACAGAGGAUGGCGAUAACAUUGUGGACAUCUGGGCUGCAUCGCGCGGGCGUCCCGGGCUGCAGGACUCUCAAGUGGGGCUCUCAUUCUCAGAGGGUGUAGUGUACGACAGAAACAUUGCCAAAAGGCGCAUGGAAGAGCUGCGGAAGGCAAUGCAAUGGGAGACAGCCCCUGUCAUCACCGACUUUGAUCCCCGCUACAAUAACAAGCGGUUGUUGUGGUUUGAGCGACUGUACCAGCCAUUCUUGGGGCAAAAUUACCGGAUUGACGAGGAACCAAUCUAUGACAAAUAG